AGAGCAAGAUAAAAUUUGCUAUAAAAGGAAGUCAGCAUGUUUGGUAUGCCCAUAUAUAGCAGUUGCUAGCAGACUCGUGACUCACUAUUACUGGUUAGAUCUUUGGAAAUUGACAGGUUGCUCCCCCGGAACCGAAUCGAAAUCUUGUUAGUGAAUAUUAUUUUGUAUAGUUUAGUGCAGCAUUUUGGAUACGAAAAGGUGAUUCAUCUCGUUGUUGCAGAUCUUAUUAGAGCAGUGGUAACUUUAAAAGCUGUUCAACUUAGAAAUUUUCUAUCAAAUAUAGAAAGCUGUUUGCUCUCAUCGCCUGCUGCUACUGUCUAACGGUAUAUACAACGAGCUUUGUACACUGGUUCAUUCUUUUUUUCUCACUUCUGUAUUACUAUCCUCAUUUCUCUUUAAGGAAAACAUGUCUUCAGGAAUUACAGUGUCCCAGGAAGCAAUUGAUAAAUUUCUAGAUAUUAAAUCUCGCAAAAAGACUCGGUAUUGUAUGUUCCAUCUAAGUGAUGAUCACACUACAAUCGUACCAGGUGAGUGUGUUUCAAAACCGGAAAAAUUAGACCUCGGUAUAGAUGCUGUGAAGAAAGAAUGGGAAGAGUUCUGUGCGAAUUUACCGGAAAAGGAUUGCUACUAUAUUAUAUAUGAUCUGAAUUACCAAAAAAAUGGGGGAGCACGAAGAGAUAAAAUUCUGUUUGUGUGUUGGUGUCCAGAGAAAGCCCAAAUUCGCUGCAAAAUGAUGUAUAGUUCAACUCGCAGUGCCAUAAAAAAAGCUUUCAGUGGUAUUCAAGUUGAAAUCCAAGCAUGUGACUUAGAUGAUCUAAGCUUCGAUGAGGUACAACAAAGAGUGGAUAAGGCCUGAAUAUUUUUGUUUUCUAUGAAAAUACAUCUUACGUCUUUAUAUAUAUAUAUAAGUGUAUAUAUAUAUUAUAUGUGUGUGUGUAGUGUCUCAACUUGCAUUGUGCUCGUCUGACCAUGGAAACUUGUUUUACUUUUUUUAAAACGCUAAACGUUUUAGAGAUUUCAUAACUGAAAACUGUUCCAUCUGGCUGUUGUAGACAAUUUUCUGCUCUUCUGCUAUUUUAUAACCACUUCCAGUUAAAUUUUGUUAAGCUAA